AAAACAACAAAAAAAAAAUUAGUUAAAGAUGGCCGAAAAGCAUUCAGCAGUUCUUGAGGAAAUCAAGAAGAACAUUCAAUCUCUCCAUGAGAAGUUUGACGCCCUUGAAAAGAAGGUACAAGGAGGUGUUCCCAAGCAACAAUUACGUAUGGUGAUUAUGGGUCCUCCUGGUGCUGGUAAGGGAACCCAAGCUCCUGCUAUCAAGGAAAAGUUCUGUGCUUGUCAUUUAGCUACUGGUGAUAUGCUUAGAGCUGCCGUUGCAUCAAAGUCUCCUCUCGGUGUUGCUGCCAAGAAGAUUAUGGACGAUGGUGGACUUGUUUCUGACGAUAUUGUUGUUGGUAUGAUCCAAGAGAACUUGGACACCAACCCCGAUUGUAAGAAUGGUUUCAUUCUCGAUGGUUUCCCUCGUACUGUUGGUCAAGCUGAAAAGUUGGAUGAGAUGCUUGAGUCUAGACACAAGCCCUUGAACUCUGUUAUCGAAUUAGUUAUUGAUGACAACCUCCUUGUCUCUCGUAUCACUGGUCGUUUGGUCCACCCUGCUUCCGGUAGAAGUUACCACAAGGAAUUCAACCCUCCCAAGGCCCCUAUGAAGGAUGAUGUUACUGGUGAACCUCUUAUCCAACGUUCCGACGAUAACGCCGAAGCCUUAAAGAAGCGUUUAGAUGCUUUCCACAAGCAAACUGUCCCUGUUGUUGAGUAUUAUAAGAAGAAGAACAUCUGGUACGGUGUUGAUGCUGCUCAAUCUCCCAAGGCUGUCUGGGCUUCUCUCUCUGCCAUCUUUGACAAGACCCUUUAGAUUAAUUGUAUUUAGUUUUCUUUUCUUUUUUUUUUCUCUUCCCCUCACAACCAACUUUCGUUUCUAUAUAAAAAUUUACUCCCCCUAUUAAAAAAAAAAAAAAUAUCAUCAAAGACCAUCCCAAUGAAAAACCUUCUUUGGGAUGGUUGUCUAUGAUGAUUUUUUUUUGUAUGCAAAAUAAAAACAUGUCCACUUUAAAAGUCACAAAUA